AUGUCUUUGAUGUCUGUCUCUCUCUAUAGCGUCAAAUCUAAUAUCCUUGUGGCCAUGCCUCGAAAGUUGAGGGCUGCCGCGCAAGCGGCUGCCAAGUCAAUGCGUAAUGCGCCGCAAAUCCCUGACAUUUCUGAUGACGAAAUGGUAGAUGCGCCUCCGUCUCAACCAUCGUCUCCAAUUCCAGACUACAACGACUCACCCGAGAACGACCCGGACGUGGAACCAGAGGCAAUCAGCGACGCUGAACCUGACGCCGACGCCAAUGCCGCCACUCCUGGGGAUUCCAAGACUGACGAAGCAGGUGCAGCCACGACUCCAGCCCCGGAGGAUUCUGUACUGUUGGAAGCCGGAGACGGUUCACCCUCUUUUAAUGGCGGGCGUCAGUCAGCCAUUCCGCGCAAACGUCGUAUCGGCCGUCCCCCCAAAAACCGUCCCCCAGACUGGGACGCGAGCGGACCUGAUACUCCGAAUCGCGUUUCUACUCCUGUAAAGCGUCGUCGAGGUCGUCCUGCCGCCAGUGGAGGCCGUUGGGCGCGUAACCGGGGCCCGUCUCAUUUGACUCAGGUACCCGUUGACAAAGAAGGAAACAUGAUGGAUGUAAUCAACGACGAAGUCUCUCUCCCCCCUAACCCUCAAGGUGUCACCAAAGUCGAUGACAACGGUCAUUUGCUCGAAGGGCGCGAAUACCGAGUUCGUACAUUUACCAUUCAAAACCGCGGUGACCGACUCUACAUGUUGUCGACGGAACCAGCUCGAUGCAUUGGUUUCCGUGACUCUUACCUUUUCUUCCAAAAGCACAAGAUGCUUUACAAAAUUAUCAUUGAUGACGAUGCGAAGCGUGACUUGAUUGAACGAGACAUCAUCCCCCACUCCUACAAAGGUCGAGCUAUUGGUGUUGUGACCGCGCGCUCUGUUUUCCGUGAGUUCGGUGCCAAGAUUGUCGUCGGCGGCAAGAAGAUUCUCGAUGACUACGAUGAGGAUGUUGCUCAUGAGCGAGGCGACGUGGAGGGCGAAUUGGCUGUUCCCGAGGAUAAGCUUCCUGGCCCAGGAGAAGAGUACAACCGAAACCAAUAUGUUGCUUGGCACGGUGCCAGCAGUGUCUACCAUACGGGUGCUCCUUCGGUCCCAAUGGUUGGUGGAAAGCCCGCUGAUCCCAAAAAGCGUCGUGUGCCAAUUACGGAUGAGAAUUGGAAAAUUGACCAUGCUCGCGCUGCAACUUCAUUCAACUCUCGCUUGAGUCAAAUGCGGAAGACCAACAUGGGAGGCGUGUAUGAGGUCCACACCAAUGUCAUGCAAUAUCCUCAGAUUACGCAGCCUACUCACGUCCGCUACGAACAUGUCCCACCACCCUCCAUCGACCCACGAGAGAAUCUGAUGGGCGGCCUCUCCUCUCUGAACCUCGCACCCGGUCCCUCCACGACCGAGGAUGCAGGUUCAUCCUCGACCAUUCCUUCCGACACGACCUCACCUCCCAUCUUCCCGCCCGUCCCCAAGUCCGUUUCGGACAACUAUAUGGUCCAGGACAUCAUUUUCGAGGCCCCUCCAUACUCAAACAUGGACAGCAAGAAGGCCCUCGAAGAGGCCCAAGCUGCUGAGUUGGAGUGGAAGCAGCGCUGGUCCACUGAAGCAGAGGACGGCGCACGGUCGGAGAUGGUCAAGAGUUUUGCGUGGUACCCUUAA